CUCCCUCUCCUCCUGCACCUCUAUCUGGAUCUGUCUGACAUUUUCUACCUCCUUAAAUACUGACCAACAAGGCUGCACUUGAACUGGACAUCUAGAAACUUUUUUUUAUUUUGUUUUCUUUUUGUAUAUUUUCUUUUUGUUAAUGGUGCAAUGUCGUCUUUGCCAGGAACGGUACCGCGGAUGAUGCGCCCGGCUCCCGGACAGAACUAUCCCCGCACUGGAUUCCCUCUGGAAGUGUCCACUCCUCUGGGCCAGGGACGUGUCAACCAGCUCGGAGGGGUCUUCAUCAACGGCCGCCCGCUGCCGAACCACAUCCGACACAAGAUCGUGGAGAUGGCCCAUCACGGGAUCCGGCCCUGCGUCAUCUCCCGCCAGCUGCGCGUCUCCCACGGCUGCGUCUCCAAGAUCCUGUGUCGCUACCAGGAGACGGGCUCCAUCCGGCCCGGAGCUAUCGGGGGCAGCAAGCCCAGGCAGGUAGCCACGCCGGACGUGGAGAAGCGGAUAGAGGAGUACAAGCGCGACAACCCCGGCAUGUUCAGCUGGGAGAUCCGGGAUAAGCUGCUGAAGGACGGAGUGUGUGACAGAAGCACGGUCCCUUCAGGUGAGGCCUCCCCUGUGAGUUCAAUCAGCCGUGUGCUUCGAGCUCGCUUUGGGAAGAAGGACGAGGAGGAUGAGUGUGAUAAAAAGGAUGAAGACGGGGAGAAGAAAACCAAACACAGUAUCGACGGUAUUCUCGGAGACAAAGGCAGUCGGAUGGAUGAAGUGUCUGAUGUAGAGUCGGAGCCUGACCUCCCCCUGAAGAGGAAGCAGCGCAGGAGUCGCACUACAUUCACAGCGGAGCAGCUGGAGGAGCUGGAGAAGGCUUUCGAAAGAACCCACUACCCUGACAUCUAUACCAGGGAAGAGCUAGCACAGAGGACCAAAUUAACAGAGGCCAGGGUCCAGGUCUGGUUCAGCAAUCGAAGGGCCAGAUGGCGAAAACAAGCAGGAGCCAAUCAGCUAGCGGCAUUCAACCAUCUGUUACCAGGUGGAUUUCCUCCCACAGGGAUGCCAACCCUUCCCACUUAUCAGCUGCCAGAGUCUAGCUACCAAACCAACACUCUGUCUCAAGAUGGUGGUGGAACAGUUCACCGUCCCCAGCCUUUACCUCCAUCCACCAUGCACCAGAGUAGUCUGUCCAGCACUGACAGCAGCUCCGCCUAUGGUCUGGCCUCAAACCGCCACAGCUUCUCCACCUACUCUGACACUUUUAUGACCUCCGCAGCACCAAGCAACCACGUCAACCCUGUCAGCAAUGGACUCGCCCCACAGGUGAUGAGUAUCCUGAGUAACCCAAGUGGAGUCUCCUCACAGCCACAACACGACUUCUCCAUUUCACCACUCCAUAGCGCCUUGGACUCCUCUCCAUCCAAUGUCAUCUCAGGCAGCUGCAGCCAGCGUUCAGCCGAGUCCUCAAUUAAGACGGUGGACAGCCUUCCCUCAUCCCAGUCCUACUGCCCUCCCACAUACAGCACCACCAGCUACAGCAUGGACUCAGCUGUGGCAGCUGCCGGCUACCAGUACAGUCAGUAUGGCCAAACUGCUGUGGAUUACCUGGCAAAGAACGUCAGCCUGUCCAGUCAGCGCAGGAUGAAGCUGGCCGACCACACAGCUGUACUGGGACUGCUGCAGGUCGAGACUGGCCAGGCCUACUAGUGCUCGCCUGACAUGUUUAAACAACAUGACAUCUGGUCACCAGCACAACCUGCACCUCCUGCUGCCAUCCAUACAAAUUUGUGUGUGUGAGUGUACGUGUGUGUGCUUGUGUCAUAGACUGACUACAUCGGGCUGAUAUUUAGAUGUUUUAUACUUUAUUUAAGUGCUUCUCCAGCAUUGUUUAAGGAUUGAAUUAUGCAGCUGUCCAAGCUUUAAACAUUCCCCAUGGGACAAAUCAAAUCCACAACAAGGAUUUCCAUUGUUAGUAAUAUAGUUUUCAUUUGUUCCUCACAUUGCAUCGAAUUUUUUACACAAGUUACUGUAUAGCCAAGUGAUACAAACCAAUACUAUGUGAUCCCUGAGCCAACCAGUUAAGGGUGUCAUCUAAAAUAUAACUCACAAAACCUGGGACAGAUGUUUAUUAUGAAGCGGACACACCAGCCUCACUAUAUCAGAGAUCUAAGCUUUUUCAGUGCGAUGAUGACAGAUGAAUGUUUUUAGGUUGUCACUGCCAACAAUGAAUCAGCUCAAUCUCCCCUCCCUCUCGAGAAAACGAUGCAUUAAAGUCAUCCUGUAAUAGUGCAUUCAGACUGAAGGACAAGCACAAUUUAGUAAAAUGUUUGUGACUUUUCUAAACUCACAUUGAUGCAUUUUUGCACAGACUG